GUCCCCUUUGACACUGAAGCCUGAAGACACCUCUACUGCCAGCCAGCCCCUAAGCACUGGGGGUGGAAUCACAUGCUGUUUGCUCACAGGAAGAUCAUUCUGCAAACUCUUAAUAUCUCAGUCAAAAGUUUCAUAGUUGGUGGACCAUGGAGCUUCUUGUGAAUGUGAACAAAUGGAUAGAAGAAAACAAAACUGCCUUUUUGCCACCUGUUUGCAAUAAACUUAUGCAUCGCUAUCAAUUAAAUGUGAUGUUCGUUGGAGGGCCAAAUGAAAGGAAGGAUUAUCAUAUUGAAGAAGGAGAAGAGCUUUUUUACCAGGUUCAAGGAGAUAUGUGUUUGAAGAUAAUUGAAAAUGGGAAACAAAAAGAUGUUGUCAUCCGAGAAGGGGAGAUGUUCCUCCUACCUGCCAGAAUACCUCAUUCUCCUCAGAGAUAUGCAAACACUGUGGGUCUUGUGAUUGAAAGGGAAAGACUAAAAACAGAAAUUGAUGGGCUAAGAUACUAUGUUGGAGAAUCAACUAAUGUCCUCUUUGAAAAAUGGUUUCACUGUGAAGAUCUCGGCAUUCAACUUAUACCAAUAAUUAAAGAGUUUUUCAAUUCAAGGCAAUAUCAAACUGGAAAACCAAAUCCAGAUGAACUCCUGAAAGAAACACCUUUCCCACUAAAUUCCACUUCCGUUAUGGAGCCAUUUUCCUUCCCAGGCUGGUUAAAUGAUCAUCGUGGUGAAAUAAAACAGAAGAAAUCCUUGAGUAUGUUUGGAGAUAAUUUUGAAACAGAGGUUAUAGCUUAUGGACCAGGAACAACUGAGAAAAGUAAAAAGAAUUCAGAUAUCUGGAUAUGGCAGCUGGAGGGCACCUCAACUGUUACCAUGGAUGGUAAGACCCUGACUCUAUCUGCUGGUGACAGCCUGCUUGUUCGUGCCCAGUCUACGUAUAGCUGGAAAAGAACAGAAGAAUGCAUUGCUCUCUGCAUCGCUCAGGAUCCAAAACGCAAGCAGCCUUAUAACUAGCUCCUGUGUCAGUUGACUUUGAUGAUAACUAAGUUUUAGCCUACUUGUCUUAAAGAUCUUUUAGGCAGAAUUCCUGGAAAUUUGAAGUCUAACAAUGCUUAAACUGAAUUAAGUGGAGUCAAGUGCUGUGCCCAGUUAAAAUCUUUUCCCCCCAAUAAGGUUUUAGCAAAAUUUACAAUCACUAA